GGAACAGAGGAAGCGUCAUACCACCACACUGCAACCCAUUGCACAAGUCUGCAGCAUCCCCUCGCUCCAUCAUGAUAAGAGUCUGCCACCGGAAAAACUACGGACACUGAACCUGUUUCCACAGCACUCCGAAUCGGGCCCACCAGGCAACAUUGACCUAUGGAGAAACAAUUUGGGUUAAUAAUGGCGGCUAUUGGGGCGACUGGGGAGAGAUGGAGCACUGUCCUACUGGGACCUCUGCAAUAGGAUUCAGCUUAAAGGUGGAGCGACCACUUGGAUCUCAUGGAGAUGACACUGCCCUGAAUUCAAUCAUGUUACAUUGCGCCCCCUAUGGAAGCACAGAUGUUGAAGGGACAAUUGAAUCUACAAUCUCAAGAUGGGGGGACUGGACUCAUGUUCCAUGGUGUCCCAGUGGACAUUUCAUAAGUUUUUCCUUAAGAGUUGAGAAACCGCAGGGUAGAGGAGAUGACACAGCGGCCAACAACAUCAGGAUGAAAUGUUCAGAUGGUACCAUUAUAGAAGGAAAAGGAGGAUACUGGGGAGAAUAUGGAGACUGGAGUGGAGAAUGUGCAAAGGGGAUCUGUGGCAUCCGAACCAGAGUGGAGAAACCACAAGGCAAUGGAGAUGACACCGCGCUCAAUGAUGUCCAGUUUGAGUGUUGUUCAUCUUAGUGAAGGGUUCAUGUAAAUCUGGAUUCAAAUUUAAUAAA